UAAAUUAGGGCUUCUAUUGAUGCUCGUUACCAAAUGAAUUGUUCAAUGGAGAGAAGCAACAGUGGAAUAUCAGGCACAAUUGAUCUAAACAACAAUCUGGUGGUGGAUCUCACGGGAAAAGUGCACCAGCUGCCGUGCUGUAUAAAGUUCAACGGUCCAUCUGAUGUUUCCCACUACUUCAAACCUAAAUCCACUGGUGUAAUUGUUGACGGGUUAAGUGUGGAGGAAGCUCAUUUUAGAGGAAGGAAGCUCCAGGGAACUAAUGUUGCUAUUCCUCAUGGAUAUUCUGGGUUUGUCUUGGGAAGGAAAAUGCCUGAUGAGAAAAGAAAAAGGUCUGAGGAAGAUUCAAGUUGCUGGGAGAUGAAGGCAAAGUUCCAAAACGUAACAUUGUGGAACCAUGAUUCUCUUCCCUCAGAAAAUGACGCUUCCUUGCGUGCCUUCCACCUAUUUUCUGUUGCAACAGCUCUGCACCAACCAGUCAGUGUUGAAGACCUGGAAGCUGCAUCAAUCGAUCAAGAAUUAGAGCAAUGAAUUGAUCAAUACGCUGUGAUAACCUCCACAAGGAGCGGUAAAUUUCGAGUUCCUUUAUGCUCUUUACCAGUUUAUGGAAAGCAUUCUUCAUUAUAUAUCUAUACAAUCAGGACUCCAUU